AUGACAUCACAUUUCGUUACGGCUUAUCGUCCGGCCUCAUCAUGGCGAGUUGUGCAACAACGAAGACAGCUGCUGUUAAAUCCUUUGCUGUGUUCGUCACCUUUUCUGUGCUUCAGAGAUGUUCAUCUUCAUCUCCUGGAUCCGUUUGGGAAGGCAACAGUCACAUCGCUCGGCAGUUUGGCUUUCCAUUCCCAUUUCCACUCCCGAAAUUUAAUUUCUCAGACGUCUCCGAAGAGUGCCAAGCUAUCGUCCAGAAACUUUCAUCGUUCAGUUCGCCGCUAUUCUAUAGUUAUUUGGAUGCUAUUGGUAAACCUCAAAGUGGACUUUUUCUGGGUAACACUGGUUGGUUAGGAUCUUACAGUGAGUGUACUGAAAGUAUUCCUGAUGCCCACUAUUGUUUGGCCUAUGUGGCUUUUCCACAGCCUCCCCUAACUAUUACUGAGUCUAUUCCUGUGCGCUGGGGUAUUUGUGCUCCAAAACAAUGCAGUGAAAAGGAUGUUACAGCAGGACUGCAAGAUAUGUUUACAGGAAUCAAUAAGUAUAUGAAUAGGACAGAGGUAGAAUUAAGGCCUCAGAAAGGAUAUGGACUGCCACCAAGCGGCAAAGCUGUUUACUGUCAGAAGAAAUCAGAAUACACAACUGGAGUAAUACUCACUCUGAUCUUGUGUGGUCUAAUCCUGUAUCUCUGCCUUGUUGGAACACUUUGCGACAUUUUUAUAAGCUUUUCGAAGAAACCCUCCGCACCUGUCAACAAAAGCAAUGGCUUCAUGCCAAUCAGAGAUGAAUCCCCGGUAACACUUGAAGGUGAUGUUCCUGAUUCAUUCACAGGAAGUGGCACGCAUAGCAGUGACACCACGCAAUUUUUGAACCCAUCCCCUGAAGUGGCAAUUAGUGCAUCUUCCAGGCUUUCAAGUUUUCCCCAGAGGAAAGAUGAGCCAAAUGUAGUGGUGCAGUUUUUUCUGUGUUUCUCAUUAAUUAAAAACACAAGCCGUAUUAUGGACACCAAAGUCCCUGCCAGUGCCAUCACGUCAAUCAAUGGAAUGAGAGUGAUGAGUAUGUGGUGGGUGAUCCUGGGACAUGUUUAUGCGUUUCAAACUGUAUCAACUAUGAGUAACCUCCUCCUCCUACUCCAAAUCAUACAACGAUUUACGUUUGAAGCUAUUGGCAAUGCUACCUUUUCGGUGGACAGUUUCUUCUUCCUGAGUGGUCUCCUGGUUUCGUAUUUGUCUUUGCGUCACAUGGAGAAGAAAAAUGGACAGCUGCCACUUUUUAAGUACUACUUCCAUCGUUUUUGGAGAUUAACUCCAGCUUACAUGUUCGUUUUGUUGUUUUACGACAAACUGAAUGGAUUUCUUGGUGACGGCCCUCUUUGGUAUCAAGCACAGGCAAAGAACCCGUGCGACAAGUAUUGGUGGACCAACUUACUCUACAUUAACAACUUCUAUCCAACUAGCAUGAAUGCAUCAUGCUUUGGUUGGGCCUGGUACUUAGCGAAUGACAUGCAGUUUCACAUCAUUGCUCCCGCUAUACUCUUCGUAGCGUACAGGUUUCGUCUUCGAGGAUUGAUUGUGAUUGUGGGGUGCUUACUGAGCAUCAGUUUCGUCACCACAGCUGUGAUAUAUGCACAUUACAACGUUGCUGCCGUUAUGCUUAGUAAAGCAGCUCAGGAAGAAACCCUGAAACAUGUGGAUUCCAUGUCUCUGACUUACGAAAAGCCUUAUUGUCGUAUUUCACCGUAUCUUGUUGGCAUGGUAACUGGCUACUUACUUCUUCACGUAAAGGACUGGAGACUUCCUAGAAAGGUUCAGACGUACUUGAUCAACAUGGCUGGCUGGUGUGUUGCUAUCGCUCUCGCCCUGUCUACUCUGUAUGGUCAGUACAAAGUCAUAAGGAAAGACAAUCCCGUGCAAUUCUCUCGCGCUGAGAAUAUCAUAUACGGAACUUUCUCAAGGUUUGCAUGGAGCCUUGCACUAGCCUGGGUGAUUUUUGCUUGCCAUAAUGGGCUUGGAGGUUUGGUGAAUAAAUUCCUGUCGGCUCGAUUCUGGAUUCCACUGAGCCGGCUGACGUACUGUGCCUAUCUGGUUCACCCCAUCAUCAUCUUCGCUAUGUUUCAGUCUUUUGAGACUGUUCGGGCAUAUUCUGAUGUGCAUAUGGCAUUCUUUUAUGUCGGUGUACUCGGCAUUUCGUAUGCAGUGGCCUUUAUUGUGUCAGUGUGUGUGGAAUAUCCCAUGAUGCAGUUGGAGAAGUUUAUAUUCAAAGGCGACAACUGAGCUCAGAUGUCAUUCACGAUUUACAUUCAUUCCUUGACCAGAACCAAAGCACUUUCUGUAGAAGUUCGGUCUACCAGCAAAGUCUAAUUUUGGAAAAUAUUGCACUCGCAUGCAGCACCAAGCAGUGGGAAUAGGGGCUUUUUCUCAAGACUUUGAAUCUUUGAACAAUCUUGAACUGCAGUUGUAAUGUGAGGGGAAUUAGCGAAGGGAAUUUUCAUAAGUGAUAAUUACUUGCGUGAUAUCUAGCUGCCUGAGUUUUCUUUAUAUUCCAAAAUGAAGUCAAAGUUUGCUUCAACAAUUUAAUCGAUUACAAAUUGUAAGGCUGAUUUUAUGAGUCUAUGAACACGUUUUUGAUCAGUUGUUUUUUAUUUUUUGACCAGUAAUAUCUUCUUGUCGGAAUUUUCCACUUAUUUCAGACUUACUUCGAAUUUUCUAACGAAUGAAGAUUGCAACGAAGAUAAAUUAAACGUUUUAUCUGUACGUGGCUAACAUAUGUAAACUUGCCUAUGUUUUUUUAUAACUAGCAAAGCUGGCUCUUAUGGGUGAAGUCGAGCUGCGGCGCCCUAAAAAUGAGUGGUGACACUGUUAGUAGUGACACCGUUAUCACGAAUCCACAACUUUUAUAUUUAAAAAUGCUUGCAACGCAGGAGUGUUGACAGAAGCUUUUUCCAGGCCCUUAAUUUUAAACCGAGAGGUAAUUCUUAUGCCUUAAGGCAGAUUUGAUAUAUUCUUGAAAAAUAUCCAUUUGAAUCAUACAUCUAAAAUCUUUUCAUUCGCGAAAUUCGCCGUCGUCGUCGUCCAAGCUUCAGUAACUUGUUUCAGUCACAGAGUGGUAGCUAUUUCUAAUUUUAUUGUUACUAUUUCAUUCCUAACAACUCAUUAUAUAGUGUGUGAGAGAUCA